UCUUGCAUAGAUCUACAGUAGUUAGUUUGAAGUUUUGAACAUGAAUCAAAGCAGUCGGAGCUUCUCGUUUCGGAUAUAGCAGGGAACGACGUCUGUGUUUCUUUCUCCCUUUCUCAGUUUUCUUCUCGAUCUGAGUUAUGGAUGGAUGUCAAUUGCGUUUUCUAUUUGGCUGUUUUCACAGCGACAUUGGCCCUGCAGAUCUGUAGCUGUGCUGACGUUUUAUCACCAUAUCAGAUUGAAAAUGGUGAAUUUGGGCCUUGGCGGUCGCACCGAGAGAUACGUUCUGCGUUACAAGACCAUGGGUUCAACGAUACGUAUGAGGAGAUAAAAGCUGCCAAUGCAGCAGUAGAAGGAGGCGAUGAUUAUGUUGUGCAUCGUUUCAUUGACGGUUUGUGGCGUGAGGAUGGGAGCCAUGCUGCACUGCUGGGACACCUAACAGUAGUUGGCCGACCUGCUUAUAUGCUAUCAGUAACGAAUCCGCAGCCCUCCGGCUGCAAUUCGCAGUACUGGGUGUCCAGAAGCACGGUGAAGGACACAGCACAACAUAGGAAAUGUCAGGUUGCGAUGAACGCGGGCUUCUUCAGGGGAUCCGGGGCAUGUUUAGGUGUAGUCAUCAGUGACCGAUCUGUGUCUCAAGCUGGUGAUAACAAGCAGAACCCAGUGUUUGCCAUCACGGAUGAAGGCGACAUCCGCGUUGGCUAUAUGAACAGCGAUGAGAUAGCAAGUGGUGGUUAUCGCCAAGCCGUGAGCGGUAUUGUCUGGCUGGUACGGAAUGGCUCGUCGUUCGUCAACGAGAGCAUUGCGCUGGAGUCGGCGGCACAUGAGGAGACGGGCACGAUGGAGGAGUUUGUGGAUGUUGUGAGCGCACGCACCGCCAUUGGCCAUGACAGUGAAGGCCGUGUGAUAAUUGUCCACAUCGAGGGGCAGACCAGGAAGAGAGGGGUGAAUCUGCGCGAGUUUGCCGAUGUUCUGAUCGAGCACGGCGUCGUGAACGCCAUCAAUUUGGAUGGCGGUGGCUCGGCGACGACCGUGGUCCGGGAUGUUGUGGCUAGCUAUCCAUCAGACCAUUGUGGCAAUCCCAUCUACAGAUGUGGUCGCAGGGUCUCCACGAUCAUCUGUGUGCACGGCGUGGAGUGCUAUCCGAACGACUGCAGCGAGCACGGCGUGUGCAACGCUGGCGUGUGUCACUGUCGCGCGCCAUAUCGCGGUGUGGGGUGUGAACUGCUCGACUGCAAUCUUGCACAUUGCACCGGUCAUGGAACAUGUAACAAAGGUGUCUGUGACUGUGACUCGGGCUGGACUGGAACGCAUUGUAACAUCACAUGCCCGGACAGGACGUACGGUCCCGACUGCAAACACAAGUGCGAGUACUGCUGGUCAGCGCACAAGAAAAGCUGCGAUCGCUUCAAUGGCACAUGGCUGUGUGAUGAUGGCUACGAGGGCAAGUGUUGCAGACAAGUUUGUAAAGAAGGACGGUUUGGUGCUGGCUGUGCGCAAGAAUGUGACUGCAGCUCGCGUGGUCAUUGUUCGCACGUCACUGGCGAAUGCACUUGCAACACGGGUUGGUACGGCAGCGACUGCUCUGCCAAUGACACAACAAGCGGUACUGAUGCUGUAUCCUCACUACUGACAUCAGUGACUUCUAGCGUGACGCACAACUCUUCAACUGCUACAGCCAGUCACACUGCCAGCAGUGGUACCGCGGGAAAUGCAAGCGAUACUGAUGAUACCACUGUGGAACACAAAUCUGGCAUUGUUGUACCGCCGUGGCUGUUAGCAUCCAUAGUCCUGAUCAUGCUUGCACUGUUAGUGGAUACCGUGUACCGACGGUUGUGGCGCCAUAAGAAUGCUUGCCCGUUGCUAUCACGUCGUCGCUCCGCUGAAGAGAGUGAACAUCUGAUGACAUCAUUCCCCGACUUAUGACAUCACUCCUGAUUGUUGACAAGGGCGGUUUGGUGAAGGGAGGGGAAGAUUAUAACUUUAGCUUAUAACUUUACAUCUGCUCAUAGGAUGUGCUUGUACGAGGAUAUGCUUAUUUAUUCAGUGCUUCACCUACAUGCCCAUGUACCUGCGGGCUACGGGGCAUGCAGGGAGUGGUAGACCUGCGUUUCUAUUGAAGCCAUGCAGGGAGUGGUAGGUGCUUGAAACCAAUACUGGGUCCGCGUUCCAGGCCUAGCGGCUUACGAAUCUCUGCUGUUUUCGAUAUGUGUGUGUGUGUGUGUGUGUGUGUGUGUGUGAACGUGUUUCGUAUCAAUUGUUUAACUUAUAUAUAUUUUGAAUUACUCUCUUUCUCUGUCCGUCUUGUGCGGUUGUUGGUUUCAUGUGUACAUACGAUAAGUGAUACUGAUAGUUGACGAAUUCCUUUCUACAAUAGAUCGUUUUAUGCUUGCUAGGCAUUUUUAGGAAGUCAAGACCUGUCUGGAUGUUCUAUUCCUCUUGUAGUUUUUUUAAACAUUGGUAAGACUCUUGUUGGUAGGGUACAAGCAUACACACAUGCACGCGCGCGCGCGCGCGCGCGCACACACACACACACACACACACACACACACACGUACCCGCUGCUAUGCUGUUGUCAUGUUGAGAAAAAAUAUUACGCCGUGUUUGCCUCUCCUGGAGUGCUUUUCGACUUGCCAAAUUCUGUCCAUACAUAAUAUUCUUUUCAAUUUCAAAUUGUUCACGACCAUGACCGUCAUGCGCGAAAGCGUAUCGAAUAUUUAAUUUCCAAGAUACAGGACAGGUUGUUCUUUGA